UAAGCGCGCGCCGCCUCCUAGAAACCGUUGCUGAGCAACCGCCGGGCCCUUAGCAACGUGGCAGUGGAGAAGGCCUUCCUCGAUUGAGAAGCCAUGCCGGUUUGGGUGCGCGAUUACAGCUGGGAGCAGACGGAGGAAGCGGUGUAUUUGAGGGUCCAGGUCCGGAAGGGCGGCCGCCUCCGAGGCUCCGACGUCUUCUGCUCCGGACAGUGCCUGAAGGUGAGCUCCCCUCCGUUCCUCUUUGAGGUCCUUCUCUGGGCUCCCAUUGAUGAUGUGCGAAGCACCGCCAGGGUGGAGGAGGGCUGCGUCUCCUUCACUCUCUACAAACAGGAGCCCUGCCUUUGGGAGUCCCUUUUCAUGGAGGGAGGGGACAAAGCGGAGCGGCAGAGAGUCCGGGAAGCAGCGGUACGCAAGGCCCAGGAAGAGGCUGCGACCGAGGCCGAAGCCAAAGCAACACGGAAGAGGGAGCGGGGCCACUUCACCCUGGAUGCCACGAUGAAGCUGGAAGAAGCAGAAAGGAAAAGAAUAGAAGAUUGCAAAGAAGAGGAGCGAAGGAAAGCCAAUGCGGAGAUUGAGAGGUGGAAGAGGCAGAAGGAGAGGCCAAAGGAGGCAAAAGAAGAGCAGAAGGCGCAUCAUGAAAAGAGAAAGAAUCCCGAGACAGGGAAAUCCAGCUCUUCCAAUAGAAACAAAACAGACAGAGGAAGGAACUCGGGAAACAUGUUUUGGGACAAGCUAAAGGCAGAGGACCUGCCUGCCCCGCGUCCAGCCGGGAGCAUCGGGGUCGCCUUCACCCCUCGGGCCUUCCCCACGGCCAGCAGGGAGUCCCGGGCCCCCGAAGAGGAGGAGUGGCUGCGCAAGCAAGCAGAGGCCCGCCGCAUGAUUGAUGCUGCCGCUGCAGAGAUUGAGGAUUUACGAGACGAGGAGAAGGACCCCGACUGGCUGAAAGACAAGGGAAACAAAAUGUUUGCAACAGGAAACUACCUGGCAGCGAUCAAUGCCUACAACCUGGCGAUUCGCAUCAACAGCCGGAUCCCGGCCUUGUACCUGAACAGAGCUGCCUGCCACCUGAGGCUGAGGAACCUGCACAAGGCCAUCGAAGACGCCUCCAAGGCUUUGGAUUUAUUGACUCCUCCUGUCCCUGACAACGCAAAGGCCAGGGCAAAGGCUCAUGUCCGGCGUGGGACGGCCUUCUGCGAACUGGAAUUGUAUGCUGAAGGCCUCCAAGAUUACAUUGCUGCGCUAAAAAUCGAACCUUCCAAUAAAAAUCUGGAAGAAGAUGCUGAAAGGAUUCGACACAUCAUUCAAGGGCAGGAGUGAUUCUGGGGAAGAGCCAUGCUGACUUUUGGGGGCUCCUUCGCCCCGUUAUCAGUGGCCCUUCUGGCACUCAGGAGGAGAGGAAGAGCUGUGCCUGAGUUCCAGAAAGCUUUCUCUGUAGAAAAUAAUUCCAUUUUUUAAAUGUAAUACUUUUUCUCAAUAAACAAAGUAAAGGAAA